CUAUAAACUACUUAGUCUAAUUCUCCCUUUUCAAGUAAAUUGUGUGUAGGAAAUAUAAACACAUAUUAGUGACUCCAUAGCAGUUUAUGAGCCUCUUGACAUUAUUACCAUACCAUGGAUAAAUUGUCAAGGUGAAUAAGGCAGGUCUAUUGAUGCAGUGAUGAUGCUUUCAUCCUUAGAACAAGCACACACUCAGUUUUCAGACUUGGUUUCUCAAAAAGAUUUACAUGAAAAAUUGUACUUGGUUUGAGAGAUGGAAUUCUAGAAGUAAAGGAAUGAUAAUUUUUAAUUAAUAAAAACCAAGCCACAUUUUCAGAAAGGUUUGCACAUACAAAGUUGUUUUAUCUUAUGGGAGACAUACCCUGAAGACUUUGCAUGCUUCACAACAUAUAUCAUUCCCCUUUAGCUGCCAUCUUGCAUCUCCGCAUGUGUGCGCCUAAUCUCAGCUGGUCCACCCGAGACCCUCUGAGCACCAACCCUAGUUCUCUGCAUGGCCCUUUAUCUGCUCUGAUAGGAUGAAAGAAACAAUCAUGAACCAGGAAAAACUUGCCAAACUGCAGGCACAAGUGCUUAUUGGUGGAAAAGGAACUGCUCGUAGAAGGAAGGUGGUUCAUAGAACAGCCACAGCAGAUGAUAAAAAACUUCAGUUCUCCUUAAAGAAGUUACGGGUAAACAAUAUCUUUGGUAUUGAAGAGGUGCAUAUGUUUACAAACCAAGGAACGGUGAUCCACUUUAACAACCCUAAAGUUCAGGCAUCUCUGGCAGCAAACACUUUCACCAUUACAGGCCAUGUCGAGACAAAGCAGCUGACAGAAAUGCUACCCGGCAUCUUAAACCAGCUUGGUGCAGACAGUCUGACUAGUUUAAGCAGACUGGCUCAAGCUUUGCCCAAACAAUAUCUUGUGGAGAAUUUUGAUGAGGCUUCCAAGAAUGAGGCAAACUGAAUUGAGUCAACUUCUGAAGAUAAAACUUGAAGAAGUUACUGGGAGCUGCUAUUUUAUAUUAUGACUACUUUUAAAGAAAUUUUUGUUUAUGGAUCUGAUAAAAUCCAGAUCUCUAAUAUUUUUAAGCCCAAGCCCUUUGGACACUGCAUCUCUUUUCAGUUUUUGCUUAUACACAAUUCAUUCUUUGCAGCUAAUUAAGCCGAAGAAGCCUGAGAAUAAACUUUGAAACAAAGGUUAAUAAAGUUCUUUGCCUAGUCAAAACAAAACAAAACAAAAAACUUGUAUCAUUCAGGCCGGGCACGGUGGCUCACACCUGUAGUCCCAGCACUUUUGGAGACCGAGGCAGGUGGAUCACUUGAGUGCAGGAGUUCAAGUACAGCUUGGGCAACAUGGCGAAACACCAU